AAUCCAUUAUUAUUCUAUCGAACUUAUCUUUUUAAAAGCUUCCGCGUUACGCCAUCACUUCUCCACCAUUUAAAUACCUAAACCACUUUCUUUCAAAUUUCUUAUUCCAUAAAAAGUAAAUUCACAACAAAACCAAAAAAAAAAAAAGAGAAGAAGAAUUAGCUUACGUGUUCAUCACAUCUGCAUUACGCGCAAACGAAACAGAUUCAAAUUCUCCGGCGAAGUUUUCUUAUUCAUCAAUCAAUCUCUGGAUUCAUCAAUCAUGCCAGAGAUCGAGAUUGCCGCCGGCAGCGGCGACAACAACGACGCCUUAUUCGGUAAAUAUGAGCUCGGAAAGCUUCUCGGAUGCGGCGCAUUCGCCAAAGUCUUCCACGCACGUGAUCGUCGUACCGGCCAAAGCGUCGCCGUGAAAAUCCUCAACAAGAAAAAACUCCUCACAAAUCCAGCUCUAGCCAACAACAUCAAACGCGAGAUCUCAAUCAUGAGAAGAUUAUCUCAUCCAAACAUCGUCAAGCUCCACGAAGUAAUGGCGACAAAAUCAAAGAUCUUCUUCGCAAUGGAGUUUGUUAAAGGAGGAGAACUAUUCAACAAAAUCUCAAAACAUGGACGUCUUAGCGAAGAUUUAAGCCGGAGAUAUUUCCAGCAACUGAUCUCCGCCGUUGGUUAUUGCCACGCUCGCGGUGUUUACCACCGCGAUCUCAAACCAGAGAAUCUAUUAAUAGACGAAAACGGAAACUUAAAAGUUUCCGAUUUCGGUCUAAGCGCGUUAACGGAUCAGAUCCGACCCGAUGGGUUGUUACAUACCUUGUGUGGUACUCCGGCGUACGUUGCGCCGGAGAUUCUAUCUAAAAAAGGAUAUGAAGGUGCUAAAGUUGAUGUAUGGUCUUGUGGAAUCGUCUUGUUCGUUCUCGUCGCCGGUUAUUUACCGUUUAACGAUCCGAAUGUGAUGAAUAUGUAUAAGAAGAUUUAUAAAGGAGAGUAUCGUUUUCCUCGUUGGAUGUCUCCAGAUCUGAAACGAUUCGUUUCUCGUCUUUUAGAUAUUAAUCCUGAGACUAGAAUCACCAUUGAUGAGAUUUUGAAAGAUCCUUGGUUUGUUAGAGGAGGUUUUAAACAGAUCAAGUUCCACGAUGACGAGAUCGAAGAUCAGAAAGUGGAAUCGUCACUAGAAGCUGUGAAGAGUUUAAACGCGUUUGAUUUGAUUUCUUACUCGUCGGGAUUGGAUUUGUCGGGAUUGUUUGCUGGUUGUAGUAAUUCGAGUGGUGAAUCGGAGAGGUUUUUAUCGGAAAAGUCGCCGGAGAUGUUGGCGGAGGAAGUGGAGGGGUUUGCGAGAGAGGAGAAUCUGAGGAUGAAGAAGAAGAAGGAGGAAGAGUAUGGGUUUGAGAUGGAGGGGCAAAAUGGGAAAUUUGGUAUCGGGAUUUGUAUUUCGCGGUUGAAUGAUUUGCUUGUGGUGGUGGAGGCACGGCGGAGAGGUGGUGAUGGUGAUUGUUAUAAGGAGAUGUGGAAUGGUAAACUCAGGGUUCAACUUAUUCGCGUUUGCGAUCAGACGUCGUCAACAAACGCGGCUAUUUAAAAGAACGCUAUGAAGUUUUCUACCGUGCUUUCAAUUUUAAAACGCCAAUCGCGUUUCGUUGGUUGGAUUUGGUUUCUACUACUUUUGUUUCGGAAUUAAAAACAGAGAAAAAAUAAUAAAAAUUAAUGUAUGUAUUUAAAUACUGUACCAAAUUGUAGGUAUCUAUUUUGUGCUUUUUGAUCAAUGUGUUACUAUGUACAACAACAAGUCUAAAAUUGCAUUUGUAGAUACUUCACUCUUUUGUAUAAUGUAGAAAAUGUUCUUCUAUUUAUAGUUUGGAUUUUCC